AUGCAACUCUUUCAAAUUCUCCUCCUCCUCCCCUUCACCCUCACUCUAGCCUCCCCGCUGCACCCCCGCGGCACAAAACCCGGCCUCGCCUACUCCCCCUACCACGCGGACGGCGGCUGCAAAAAACCAGCCGAAGUCACCGCCGACCUCAACAAACUCAAAGGCUUCCCGCUCAUCCGCUCCUACGGCACCUCCUGCGACCAAGUCAAGAACAUCAUCAACGCCGCCAAGCCCAUCGGCAUGAAGGUCAUGCUCGGCAUCUACGAGCUCGGCGACGUGCACAAGGAACUAACGAAACUGAUCGCCGACGUCGGCGGGGACUGGGGCAGCGUGCACUCCAUCUCCAUCGGCAACGAGCACAUCCACAACGGCGCCAUCUCGCCGGGCGACCUCGUUGCAAAGCUCUCCGCCGCCAGAAAACAACUCACGGAUGCGAAAAUCAACACCAAGGUCGUGUCGACAGACACGUUCGACGCAAUCAUCAAGAACCCGGGCGUCUGCCAGGCGUCGGACUUUGCGAGCGUCAAUAUCCACCCCUGGUUCGACCCCAACACGGAGGCCGGCACCGCGGGACAGUUCAUGAAGAACCAGAUUGCGCGCGUCGAGAAGGCCUGUCCCGGGAAGACUAUCGUGGUCGCGGAGACGGGCUGGCCGUGGAAGGGGGAUACGCACGGCAAGGCUGUCGCUGGGAGGCAGCAGCAGGAGACGGCGCUGAAGGAGAUUGUCAAGGUGACGGGCGCGAGCGGCAUUUUCUUGGGGCCGUUUGAUGACACGUGGAAGAAGGAUAACCCGGGGAGCUUCAAUGCGGAGAAGUGGUGGGGCAUUGCCAAUCUGGGGGUUUUCUAG